GCGAUAAGAGUGGAGAACUGGUUGUCCGUAAAGUCAUAAUAGGAUAUCGGGUCAACCGACUCGUGUCUCGGUGAGCGCACCUUACCGAAUUCUCAAGACAAGGGGACAUUCCUGAUCUGAGACAGCUGCGCAAUCUUUCCUACCCAGUAACCUGGGUUAUCAUCGACCCUGGUAACUUGGCCUUGCUCAAUUUCGAGCUUUUUUACAGUCCUGAUCAACCCUUCUAAUAUCCCUUUCUCUUCUCUCAAUUUUCACUUUUCAUAUUCAUUCUUUAUAUCAUGUGUUAACUUAAUGUUGCGCUUCAUGUUCAACCUCUACUACGAUCUCGAGUAAUACCUACCACUACACCUAUCCCCUCCAUCUUCACACCAUGGAUUCUUCUCAGGAAAAGGGUGAUGUGAGUGACAAGUCCCUCACCCGGGAUAUUACCCGGGCCGAGAGUGUUCACAUGGGUAGCUUCACGGAGACUACUGCGGUCAAUGAUCAACUGAAACGACACCUCGGAAACCGCCAGAUCCAGCUAAUUGCUAUCGGAGGAUCGAUCGGCACGGCAGUCUUCGUCAGUAUCUCGAGCGGACUUGUUGCUGGUGGCCCCGGAAGCUUGUUCAUUGCCUACAGUAUGUAUUCGAUGGUAAUGGCUCUUGUGAACAACUCCAUGGCCGAAAUGGCGGUUUUCCAACCCGUCACUGGUGGCUUUAUCCGAAUGGCGAGUAAAUGGGUUGAUGAGUCCCUGGGUUUUAUGGCUGGUUGGAACUUCUUCUUGUACGAGGCUAUCUUGAUUCCCUUCGAGAUUUCGGCUUUGACCGCGGUACUUUCCUACUGGCGUGACGAUAUCCCGGUGGCAGCAGUGAUCGCGGCCUGUAUUGUACUAUACUUCUGCAUCAACAUCUUUGCGGUAGAGUGGUACGGUGAAGCUGAAUUUUGGUUGGCUACCGGCAAGAUUCUCCUUCUUGCAAUUGUAUUCUGUUUCACCUUCGUUACGAUGGUCGGGGGUAAUCCGAAGCAUGACGCUUACGGCUUUCGGUACUGGAACAACCCUGGAGCUUUCGCCGAACACAUUACGACUGGUUCUCUUGGUCGCUUCGAAGGAUUUUUAGCUGCUGUGUGGAGUGCUGCUUUCACAUUCGUCGGACCCGAGUAUGUUGGUAUGGUGGCAGGUGAAACAAAGCUACCUCGACGAUACCUGAAGAAUGCUUUCAAGACUGCAUACUUUAGAUUUACCCUGUUCUUCGUUGGAAGUGCCUUGUGUGUCGGGAUCGUUAUUCCAUACAACGACAAGACUCUGUUGUCCAUCCUCUCAGGAUCGGCUGGGGGUGCCGGAACUGCAGCAGCUUCGCCGUAUGUCAUUGCCAUGGGUAACCUGGGCAUCGGAGUGCUACCUCACAUUACCAACGCUCUUCUUGUGACCAGUAUUUUCUCAGCCGGAAACGCAUAUACCUAUUGCGGUAGUCGAAGUCUUUACGGACUCGCCCUCGACGGACAAGCCCCCAGAUUCUUACUUAAAUGUACGAAGGCGGGUGUUCCAAUUUACUGCCUUGUCAUCACGAUGUUAUUUCCAUGCCUAGCCUUCCUCAACGUCUCCAGUGGUUCUUCCGAAGUGCUGAGCUGGUUUGUGAACCUUCUUACCGCGGCACAGAUCAUCGACUACAUCAUCAUCAGCAUUACAUUCCUCUUCUUUUACCGUGCCUGCAAGGUUCAGGGUCUCGAUCGAAAGACUCUACCAUAUUUUGGUUACUUUCAGCCGUACUCUGCUUGGAUCGGCUUGGUAUUCAUGACCACCGUGGUCUGCACCUACGGCUACAGCGUGUUUCUGCCCGGAAAAUGGGACAUCAAGUCCUUCUUCACGUACUAUACCAUGGUCUUACUCGACCCCAUUCUCUACAUCGGAUGGAAGCUCUGGCAUCGCACCAAGGUCAUCAAGCCAGAAGAAACGGACCUUGUAUGGGCUGCGCCGAGUAUCGACGCUUACGAGGCUGCUUUCACCGAGGAUGCUCCUGGGUUCUGGACAGAAAUCGUGCAGAUGUUUGGGUUUAGGAGGAAGGCAGUGACGAGCGAUUCGUCUUCCGGCUGAGUUGUGAAGAAUAUCUACCUUAUUUUUUACGUUAGACACUGUAUAGAGAGCAAUUCUUUUGGGUAGCCCCCCUUUCACCCAGGGAGUAACCCUUAUCGCUACAUGAUGCUGUUUCGAUUUGCCAGCG